AUGGUGGUGCUGCAGUCCAAGGACGGCGCCGCGGUCUCGGCGGCGGCGGCGGCGGCUCCGUCGACGACCGGCACGACGGCGACCGUCACGACGACGGCGGCGACGUCGGCGAGCGCGGCGGGCCGCAGCUCCGGCGCGGACACGGGCGCGGGCACGCUGCACCUGGAGGUGGUGGUGCAGCCGCAGCGCUUCGCGGGCGCGCAGCAGGUGGCGGCGCCCAGCGUGGUGGUGGCGGCGCCGCUGCACCUGCCGCAGGGCGUGCGCGUGCUGCGCGUGCCGGCGAGGGACGUCCUGGUGGCCGACGUCGCCUGCCAGACAGAGCCGCCCGCGCUCAGCGUGCCCGAGAGCAUGCUGCGGCUCAGCCUGCGCGAGCUCGACGCCGCCGACCCGCAGCCGCUGCCCCUGCCGCUGCCGCUGCCCGACUCCGAUUACCCCGCGCUGUGGGACAGCGACAACGUUGUUAUCCGACCCGUGUCGUCGCCGCCGCCGCCCCAGACGCACCGGACGCCGUCGCCGAGCGCGAGGAUGCCCGCCGCCGGAGACGUGGUGGGCUCGCCUCUGGCCGCCGCCGCCGCCGCCAGGCUCGGGAAGCACCGGCUGCCCGCCGACCCCAGCACGGGCGACGCGGGCCCGCCGGCCAAGCGGCCGCGCGCCGCCCGCGACCUGGCGCUACGCCUCUUCGCCUUCCGCGACUGGGUCUGCUGCCUCGAGCCGGACGACCAGGGCAACGUUCCCCUCCACUGCGCUGUACUGGCAGGUGAUAUCAACCGAAUCAAGCGGCAGUGCUGUGUCCUGAGAGCUCGCGACUACUCUCUGGAUAUCUGCAAUAACGAGGGAGAGACUCCAUUACAUCUUGCUGUUAUACAUAAGAUGACGGAAGCUGUAGACAUACUGAUCAAAUUUGGAGCAAAGCCACAAUUCAGGGAUAAAGCUGCCAACACUUCAUUUCAUUUGGCUGUACAGAGGGAUGCACAUUGUCCAGAUAUUCUGUGGCGCUUGCUGACAGCACCAGGUCUUCGGAAAACUGAUCUAGAACUGUUCAAUGAUGAUGGUUACGCGCCAAUGCAUCUGUGUGCUAUGUAUGAUAAAGUGGAAGAACUUCGGGCGUUGAUUUCCAGUGGUGCCGACGUAAAUUUAAAGGAUACAAAAAGUGGUCGCACUCCACUGUUCCAUGCUGUGGAGACAAAUUCUGCUACAUGUUGUCGUGUCUUGCUGCAUAAUGGUGCCAACUCCACAGAACAGAAUUAUGCUGGGCACACACCUAUCAUCGCAGCUUCAGAAUUCGCAAAUCCAAAUGUUGAGGCUGCAAUGAUAAAUCAUAAAGAAGUACACGAGGACAUUAUUGCACAACUUGAACGUGGAAGACACCGUAACAGUGUAAUGGAAAAUUGACUUUCUUCAGGUGUACUGACACAGAAUUGAACAAAGCAUCCGUUUUGAGGGAUGUAGUAAGUUUUAUUGUGAUCCUAAUUUUAACUUUGGACUGGAACAUUGGACACAUCGUAAAUGUAUGACUGUGUGAUUAUGGGAAAUCCUUUUCUCAUAUAACUUCAGCCAGUGUGAUAUUUAUUGAAAGAAGUAGUAGCUCACGACAUGUCAGCUUCAUGAAGUUACUGCACCACUGUGGUCCUGUUAAUAUUGUCAUAUGUUUUUUUAAUUUUUGGUCACAACUGAAAGUUAAAUGUCUAGCACUUCUGCUUAUGCAGAUCGACUUGUUCCAAUGUGUGUUACUGCUUCUCCUAUGCAGUUAAUUAUUAACAAAGUAGCUGUAAACAUUGCAGUGGUUACAAAUAAAUAGGGCCAAGGAGCUUCUUGAAAUGUGUGUUCUGGAUGUUGUUGUAAAGAAACACAAUUGUAAACAUUGCGGUAGUUACAAAUAAAUAGGGCCAAGGAGCUUCUUGAAAUGUGCAUUCUGGAUGUUGUUAAAGAAACACAAUGUCAUUGGAAUUGUUCCUGUAUAUGAUGAUUGAAUGUUCUGAAACUGUUAAAUAUGAGUGAAAAAUAUCAAGGCAGUAGUUGAAGCUCAAGUGGAAACAUCAGUUGAAUAUGCUCUUACCAUUUAAAUAACCUUUUAGAGUUGUAUCUAUGAAAGGUUUAUCCACAAAUAACAUGUGUUCUGUCAACUGUAAAGAGUCAAAUGAGAAAUUUCGCCAAGAACUUUGUGUUUUGCAAUAUUUUUUUAUUUUUUAUUUUUACUCUGGCAGUUAUUAUAGAAGGAAAGUUGUGGAAUUGCAUAGCAACAUGUUAUUUUUAUGUAGUACAUUAACGUUUGUCCAAUUAGUUACUAUUAUUUGAAGUGUGAUUCAUCUUGUGGGUGUACAUAAACAUUCUAGAUUUGUGUGAAUGAAUGUGAACAUGAACGGGGUGUAAGAACUUGUAGUCACCAAACUGAACAUUUAUUUUCGCACGUUAAAGCACAAAUAUUUUUUGCGAAUCCUCUGUAAAGUACUGAUCUAUGUAUUUAUUUAUUGAAACAAAGAGUACCUAAUUUGUGUAGAAUGUUUUAAUUUCCACAGAACGUAAUUAUAGUGUGCCUGUGAAUCCACAGAUAUUUGAGUAUUAUGUUCUGUUUUUACAAGAUUACUUCUGUGAGAGGCAAUACCUCAUCAUUUGAGAGCAUUAUUUUGAUGUGAUGAUGAAAGUGACAAAUGUCUUAAUUCUGACAUCCACAAAACUCAGUGCUUGGAUAAUAUGAAAACAUUAAAUGAAACAUGCAUGGCAAAGUGAAUUGAAGCUGAUAAACUGAACAACAAAAAUUGAGAGUAAAUUAAUGUAGCCUAACAAUUUUAAGAAGCACUAAAAAUUGCAUGAAAGCAUAUUCUUUUUUAUAUUUGGUAAAAGGUUUUUCUACAGAAACAUUACUUUCUUUGUAUGUCUAAAACAACACUAAUUAUGUCAAGGAAAAAAGAGUGAGUCAGUCCUUUUUCUUUGUUUGGCAAAAAAAGCAAAGCUUUCAGUGCUUCGUCACUAAGUUGUCAUAUUGGUUGUUCUUAAUCAGGUUGUGUGUACUGGAACAGAAGAGGGUGCAGUGUAAUAUGUACUACUACCAUUUGUCAAUAAAUAAGCAUAACUUGGAUGUGUGCUAAGAUGAAUGUGGCUUAUGGGACUGCUAUUUCUGUAAAGGAUUGCAUUUAAAGAGAAUACUGUCACAUCCUAUGCCUACGAAUGCUAAAGUGUCUUUUUGAUUAUAAUUAAGAAUGGCUUUCUGGAAGUAUUCUCAAUUGUAAAAAGUGUUUUUUCCCUUUUCGGAAAUGGUGUGUCCUUUAAGUAACAUGCUAAAUAUCAUGAUUCAGGCUGUGGAAACCUGUCUUCAACAUCAUCACAGAUAUGGAAUAGCUUUAUGAAGUCCUACGAUACUGCAUAUUCUCGAAGUUUCAUUGAAUAAUGUAAAGUGAAAUGUAGUUUCUUGUACCCAGGCAUUGUAUGUUUUCAAAACUGAACAUGUAUGAAAUUUGUUUGGAAAAAAAAAAAAAGAUUAAUGAAGUGAUUCAUUUAUGGCUAGAGUUUUGUGGUGUCAACUUACAUGGAAAGCCAGGAUCUACCCUGGGUAGUUAAAUUUGUUUGCUUGCCGGGUUCCUGGCUGGCUAAUUUCGAUCAAAUUAAUAUUAUUGUAUUCCAUAAUUGUUUUUUCUUAUCCUGUUCCAGCCACACAUUUAGGUAAUUGUAUAAUUUAUUUAAUGACAGAUGGUUAGUAGUUUAUAUAAUUAUUGUUAAAGUAUAUUUUAAGAAUGUGUGUGCAUACCAGCACUUAAAAAGCGAGCUUAUCUUUAAUGAACUAUUAUGUUAUCGAUUGGUAGAAGAAGGGGUAAAACAAACUAUAGAUCCCUCUUUUACACAUUACCACCUCUGUAGUUGUUGAACAUAUAAAAACAAAAUGCAUCCUUCAAUAAAAUGUUUCAUUUCAA